CAAUAAUAGCACGGCCCGCCUUCCAUCAUCCCUGAAAAAUCGAAGAAGACGACAACGAGUCACCAUCACAAUCCGACCUACAGACUGAUGGGUCGGAGGAAGAUCGAGAUGAAGAGGAUCGAGAAUUCCAAGCAAAGGGAACUCACCUUCUCCAAGAGGCGGGCGAGUUUGUUCAAGAAGGCCAACGAACUAUCCAUCCUCUGCGAGGCCGACGUUGCAGUUGUUGUUUCCAGCAAUGGGAAGCUCUUCGAUUAUGCUAGUUCCAGUGCAAAGAAGAUUUUGUUGAGGUAUAAGAAGUGCUUGGAAUGGCAAAAGAAUCCUGCCGGAGCACCUAAACCUGUGAUCGAUCCUGGGGUGGAUGAGGUGGAGGUUCGCAAAGAGGAGGUUAAAGAGCUCAAAUCAAACCAAGUGCGAUUAUUGGGUAAAGAAAUUGCGGACAUGGACUUUCAAGAACGGUGCACGGCUGAAGGGAAACUAGCUGAAGGCAUAAUCUGGGUGAAGCAGAGAAAGGAGCAACUGCUGCUUCAUCAAAUCGACGAAGCUAUGAUGCAGGGACAACACGGUGCUGCAACAAAAAUUUGCAGAGACAGGUUGUCGAUUAUCAAUCCAACCUUAUCAAAUUGAGUGAACAUGAAACUAAACAUUGUAUUGGAUUCCCAUUGUCGACUCACACUAUUCCUACAGAGAAAGACUCUCAAAGCCUCGAAAUGGUACACAAUAUUAGAGUCGUGGGCAAUGAGUCGGAUGUAGCCUUACACUCGUAUGUAGCCUUACACUCGUGGUACUUAGUUUCGAUGCAUAUUUCUGUUUUGAUUUCAUAAUAUCGUGACAUUUAUAUUUACCUUCAAAUUUAAACAUUUUUGCUCUCAUUAAAUUUUAUAGUAGAGACAAAAUUAUUAGAAGUUGCUAAAUCUUGAGACGUAUGUAGAUUUAUGGUUCCAUUUGUUUAGUUGUGUAUUGGCAAUUGUAAGCCUGUUUCAAUUUUCGAAUUUGAUGUUGAGU